UUGAAAUUAUUCAGAAAAAAAAAAAAUUCAUCCAAGCUUCGAUAGAGAGAUGGACAAAUUGCGCCAAAUUGCUAAUGCCUACUAUGAGCUUGCCCCCAAAAAUAUUCAGAAGGAGGCUCAAAAGUUUUUCAAUGAAAUUGACUUCAAUGGUGAUGGGCAUAUAGAGCUCGAAGAAUUCCUGGAAUUCAUGAAGCAAAAACCAUGUGACGCUUAUAGGAGUUCUAAUUUGUUCAAGGAGCUUUGCGCAGGAAAUGAUGCCAAGAAAUUGGGGUUCAUGGACGUCAUGACUCUCUACUAUAUAGUUCAAAGUGGAAGGCCAUUUUGCAAUGGUUGUGAUGAAUUUAUCAAAGAUAUCUACUUUUGUUGCGUGGAAUGCUUCCACAGCUCGACCAAGUAUUGCCUUUGCCUUCAAUGUUACAAGGCUAAGAAAUAUAGAAGUCACCCUCAUCGUCAAUUUUUGGAUAACUUCAGUUUGCUUGAAGCCAAUAGGAGAACUGCAUUAAAUGGCGUAAAAUUCCCAAAUCAGGGUUCAUCUCUGCGUAUGUAUGAUGUGGAAGACGAUGGAGAAAACUCUGGUGCAAUUGUUCCGGUAGUGCUCAAUAAAAUUAAGGUAAAGAAGAAACGGGAGAAGAUCAAGGCCGCGCUCAAAAGCUUUGAGAAAGCACCUCAUGCUGGAGGCGCUGUCGAGACAAUACCAGUGUGUCGCAUUCAGUGAAACGCAAGGCCGGCUUUAGGAUUAAGUCAUCAAAGUCUUUGCUUUAGGCUUCAUAAUUUUAUAAUG